CAAUUUUCAGAGUCAGUGAAGAAUAAACAAUUAUAAAUGUCGUCGCAAUCAACCAGCAGUUCUUCAGCUGGAGGUUCUUCUGCAGCUAGUAAACUCACAGAUACGAGAGCAGAACUAGUGGAACUACUUCGGAGGAAGCAGGAGUUGGCGGACAAUCUGGCCUCUUUAGAGAGACAGAUCUACGCGUUUGAGGGCAGCUACUUAGAAGACACUCAUUUGUAUGGGAACAUCAUCAGAGGCUGGGACAGAUAUCUGUCUCACAAAAGUGCAAAUAGCAACAAACCAGAGAAGAAGCUAAAGAAGUUCAAGGAGUCGGAACGUCUCUUCUCGAAAAGCAGUGUUACUUCAGCUGCGGCCGUUGAAAAACAACCCCCUCAGCCAACCGGUCCACCCCACCCUAACCAACACAACAACAGCAACUCAGCCUCAUCUUCAGCAUCUGCAUCAGCCCCUCCCCCUUUGUCGUCAGCUACCUCGCCUCCAACUGCCCCACCUAAGAGUAGAACGUCUGGGGGAGGGGGUGGCGAUGCGACGAGUCCGAGGAAUAUCACAAAUGCACAGAGUAAUAACGGGAACAGUAGUGGCGGCACUCCUGCAAUGCAAUCGGGAGGUGUGGCCAAGAAAAAGAGGAAAGUUCACCCGCAAAAAUGAACAUCGAUAGAAGUAACGAGACCGUUCCGAAACUUCCAAAAAAGCUAUUAACACGUUCCGAAGUUUGCAAUAUGAUUUAUUCGAAUCUUGGAGACAAUAGAAUCCCGGUUGUUGAAUGAACUGUUCUACUCAAAGUGUAAUUCUGCAGUAGCUCACUCAAGUUGAUCGUAAUUGUAAAUUUUAGCUGAAUUUUUUCCUUUCAUGAA